AAAACGGAAUUGUUCGGUAAAUUCACUUUCAGUUGAAUGUUUACUCUCUCGCGGCUAGUUGGAUAAACCUAGGAUAUGUUUGUUUGGUAGCAUUAGGCUGUUGUUUUGCAACGAAUUGAAUUAAUUGAAAGAAUCUUUUCUGCAAACGCGUUCAAGUGAGUUGUUUUGUUUCUUUGGAAUUGGUGUUUUUAGUGAAGCGAGUGACAAAAAAAAUCCAUUCAUUAGUUGUUCGUGUACGUGAAGCUUGUGAUAAAAAUAUGAAGUUUAUGCAAAACAUAGUCUUGUUGCUACUAUUGUCCAGCAGUUGUUGGGCAGAUGGGCAGCCACAGCCGAACCAACAAUCAGUGCAACCGGAACAAUCCCAUUCCCUGACAGUCGGUGAAAAUGUCAGCAAAAACGUGGCCGGUGUCGUGGACAAGUCGCAGAACAAAAGAGGCGCCCCGGACAUACCGGUGGUCGUAGGCACACCGACGCAGCAUACGGCUUACAUAAAUCAUCACGUUACUGGGGCGACAGUCGUGGCUGCACCCAUUUCUGGCCACAGUACGCACGCAGCUAUCGGGGCUGUUCCGUUCGGGUACGGGCAUGCGGUAUCCAGUGCCGGACACAUCCUGCAAACACCCAGCAUAGCGACAGGACACCAGCACGUGAUACACAAGGUGAAUUACGUGGCGCCCGCAUCGACGACAACACUCAAGUUGGCAACCGUCUCGGAGGGCUCACAUCUACAUCUUCAGCCCGUUAGCUCGGUUGUGACGAAGUACAACUACGCAGUGCCGCAGCUUUCGUACGCACACUACCCCCAGUAUCAGGUGUACCAUCAUAACCAGCCCAGCCCCGGUACGUUGCAGCCGACCGGCACUACAAUCUUUGCCGCGCAUCAACUUCACGACCAUCCGGUGGCUACCGUCCACGAGAUUGCUCAUCAACACCACCCGCAGCAGCAACAGCAACAGCAUCAGCAGCAGCAACAUCAGCAACAACAGCAUACGGCGUACGCUCAUCAGCAGCCCAUUUACGCACACCAUCCGGCUGCCAUUCAUUUCACCGUGCCAGCAUCGGUCGUCCAUGCUGGCCAGCACAAUUACCAACAGCAACAGCAGCUGCCCCUGACCCACACCCAAGCCAUUCACUACCAGGCGAACCAAGCCGGAGGACAGCCGGCAGUUCCGAUCGUCCAUCAGGCCCCGAUUGCCACCAUCAAUCAGGUACACCAGGCACAGCAGGUCUACGCUGCCCAGGGCCAGCUGACGAAGUAUCCACUGGCGGCACAGUCCUACUAUGGUGCGGGAGGACUACAGCAAAAUCAGAUCUACUCUACCGUUCCCAGCUAUGGUGAUCCGGAUACACUAACAAACCUGGUUAAUCCUACCACGCCCCAGUUUCUAACUACUCCCCGCCGUCAAUCCACUAGGCCCAUUCCCGGUGACAUUCGACCGAUCACUGAGUACGAUGACGAUGACGACAACGGUAGUAACGAUGGCAACAACGAGGAUGGUGUGCUUUAUCGUGACGAGUCCACCGACACUGGCGAUCGAAAUCCGGCACGGGACGAACCGUGCGAAAAAGAUGGCAAGAAAUCGGCCCAGCCGAGUGCCUUUAACCGGAACCUCUACAACAUGUGGCGUGCGUACGACGUGGCACGAACCCUGUUAAAGGCAUCUGGUGCAAGUGGAGCACCGGCUAAGCCACGGUCCAAACCGGACCCCAACACCAACACUGACCGCAUACAGCUCAUUCACCCCCCGGGCGAGUCGGACAAGAAACUUAAGGGCAAGUACUACGAGGGCAAGUACAACGGCUAUUAUCGACACGGUCGUCAGGAUGCUGGUGACCAGCAUGGUCCGGCGGCGCACGGCGAUGGAAACCGUAAACCAAAGUCCGUACAGCCAAACGGCUCUCCGUCGUCCGCGCCAUCGCCGUCGUCAUCGUCAUCGUCCUCCGGCGAGAAUCACACACACAGAAGGAAUCUGAACUAAUCCGGAUCUCAGCGAUGUCCACAUUUAUUCCUUCCAUUGCUUUCCAUUGCUUCGUAGUCGUUUAACUUUCAGCCACCCGUCAAGGUCGGAGUUGUGCUCGCUUUUUCACCGUGCAUCCAGUAUAUCCAGUAAGAGAUCCAGCAAGUGCAGGAGGUACACAACUUACCACAUGUCCUUGUAACCGCUUCGCCCUGAAGGUUUGAUUCGUAAUGUGAUAUUUUUGAGUUCGCGAUGCAUUCUUCGUUGCAAACACGGAACACCGAACAACGGGUCACGGUGCACCGGUUCUUACAGUUCAGCUAAUGCACCGCAAGCACUUGUCACUCACUUGCAGCUGACGCUCGGUAGCUUUUUCGGUAGCGUCUUUUCGCCCGGUUGGCAUUGUCCUUGUUUCGUCCUUGCCGUCUGAUGUGCGAUAAAAGGAACGUGGUAAAUCGAAUGGAAUGUGGGCACCAUAAAGCAAGCGGUGGGACGUCCCAUACCAUCUCAUCCUGUCGGUUGCAUCCCGAAAGGACUCUGUUCGCCAAUAUUUCGUGAUAGUGAAACCGUUCCCGUUCCCUGGGCGAUCUGGGCCAAAUUGUUCGACAGCCGGCAACCGUCGACGGGAGGGUGGUUUGACGAAAGGGAUGAUGAUGCAAUCAGCAUUAUCUGCCAUCUUCAGGCCCGUUCCCAAAUCAGAGGCAGGGCAGUGCUUUUUGGGCUGUAUGGCGUGUAUGGGCACCAAAGACCGGGAACGACAUUCGCCCAUUUAGCUCAACACAUUCACGCCCCAGCACAAUACCUUCGCUUUUGUGCUAAGUUUGGCCCACUUUCCUUUUGGCCAUUGCCGUUUAGAUUUUUGUGAAGAAGUUUUCUGUGCUGUUUUGGGGAAUUUCUUUGCAUUUGUGUUCUGCUUCCUACCGUCUGCGGUUACGGGUUGAUGGUAGGAUAACAGCAAACAGGCAUUUUACCCCCAUUUCGGUGGUGUGGAUUGGUGCAGGACUAUUGCAAUGCAAAAUGUUUGCUACCACACACAAGGGUCUGCUCUCGCACCGACGAGCUAUGAUGGCUGUCUCUUUUUUGGGUGAAAACUAUUGUCAAAUGAUAUACCGGCUAGAUAGCAAGAAUGGCAUGUGUGAGAGUGUAGGAUAAUUCAAGAAAACGGGGAGGGAAACUUUUUUUUUAUUUAUGUCAGGUCCAGUAGAAAGGAAUGCUGAAACAUGCAGAGGAACAUGAUUGAGAUGCAACAUACAUCGCAAAAAUCGAUGCUUUUGAAAGACAUGAAUCCAUGACAGGGAACAUCGAAAAAUUAGGACAGACAGGCGUUUCUGAGCGUUUUAGUUUUCUCUUUUCCUUCAUUUCUAGACGUGAAAUCGAUAGAAAUAAGAAGGUUCUCGUUAAAUAGCUAAAUCUUUUUAAACAGUACAUGUUUUAACAAAAGAUAUCCAGAUAUUUGGGACUAAAUGUGUUUUAUAUAUGUUAUGUUUCGAAUCAUGGUUUCCAGAACUUCUUAAAUGUUGUAAAAUAAAAAGGAACAACAAUUUGAAUAUCAAUUUGAUCGUGUAUUCAAUUCUGUAUACGUUGUGUUUUUAAAAGCAAAAACUACGUAUUUUAAUGCAGCUUGAUUUUACUGUAGUCGAUAUAGUAUUCCAGACUUGUUUAAAAAUGGAUGUGUUACGAUGCUCCACGAGACAAUAUGCAAGGAUGGUUUGAGUGUGGAAAACCCUUUUGCUAAUGUUUCUGAGUUUGGAUUGAAGCAUUAUAUGCAUUUGCAAUGAAAACAAAAAAUUAAGUUUCGAAAAAACUAAAACCAAACAAAAUGAAUAGUUCCAAACAAAUGACAAAAUAAGCAUAAACAUACCAAGCACCAUAUCAAACUUAUGUAGCGUUUCUUCCGACACACAUCGCUUGAAGUUUUUUCUUCCUUCAAAUUAAGCUAUUAAUCAAAGUGCGUUGUGUAAGUUGGACAGAAACAAACAAUAUUGAAUAGUAGCAGAAUAGGGGACUGUUACCGAGUCGGAAUGAAAAACAAACCCAUUCUGGUACACAGGGAAAUGGUCCCACUUAUGUUUCAUUAUUGCCAUUUCAUUGGUCGCAAUCCAUCAAUGAAGUCGGCGAAACAGUGGAACAAGAAAUGUUGGCGUGUUUGGCACCAAUUUGAAACUUGUUUCCAUUUCUUAUUUCCUCUGCUGCCCCAGGACCCAAACAUUGUUAGGGCAUUUUAUGGAUCGCUGCACACUCAGCAUUCUACCCAACUCUACUCGACUGGCUUACAAAGUUGUUUCUGGGAAAGGCACAUAAUUCGUUACAUUGCUGUGAUUAAGAGGAAACAUUUUGCGGUACGAUCAUGAUUUUGCGUUCGUUUCAAUUAUUUAUGCGAAACGUUUAAAGUACAGGCGAAACAGGGAUAGAUUAAAGUCCCUACUGACAUUUACGACUUUAUCGUAGCGAGAAACUAGUGGAGGUCGUAUUGGUAAUUAAAUCGUGCACACAAAUGUGCGAAACUGUGAAUGGUAAUCGUUUCUAGGCUUUAAAGCAAAGCAAAGCGUUUUCGAUGAAAAGCUUCAAUGCGAAUGCAGGAUGUUAAUUCAAAUGAUACAAAUGAAUAAUCUUCCAAGCGCAAACCAAUUCUAUUUAGAGAUACCCAAGCAUCCAUUAGGCAGCCAGCGUUAGCAAUUUGUACCGGCGCAGGAAUGCAAGACCGGCAAAGGAUUACUGCGGUGUAUGCCCAGUUCUUAUCGGAGGCCAGCUAGGGCCCCGGCUGUCUUGGAAUGUGAAUGAAUCGGAUGUUUCAGAUUUCUUCACCAUCAGGAGCGCUUACAUCCGCAGCCAAGGUUUUCUUCGGCACUAUCCGUACUGAACAGGAGAAGCUGAAACCCUUAUCCCUGGAUUGCUGAUGAUGAGUUUUAUGUAAAUGAAACAGCACUUUGCAACAAGACCGGGGCAAUUAAUCAUCGCUCGAGAUAAUCCACCGGGCACAAGCUUUCCUAGUGUUCGAAAGCUCAUUCAUUUUCCCGCCUUCAUCGGAAGAUAUCGCCAACUCCGGGUGCCGGGGAACUGGCAAGUCGUUACUGACGUUGAGAGUUUUGCAUUGGGUCUCCAAUUACCGCGUCCGUAAACGACCCCUUUAGUAUGGGUGGGAUUGUUCUGCCGCCAUCGUGCUACAAUCACUAUGCAAUCCCGUAAUCCGGAUAUUUUGUUAUUAUUUUUAAUUCUUAUCAGACGCUUCCCUCGCUUCCCUUACUCAAU